UUUUGUCUGGCGAUUUAGGGUGAAAGGUAAAAGUUCAUCGUGUGUAAUAACAGGACACACGUGCAGCCCUGGUGGGAGCAAUGGCUGCCAUUUAUUCGGGUAUUCAUCUGAAAUUGAAAAGUGCUCAGACUCCAUGGGAAGAUAAGAUAAAGCUCGCUCGUUUUGCCUGGAUUUCUUCACAGUGUCUGCUGCCCAACAAAGAGCAGGUCCUGCUGGAUUGGUGCACUCAUGCUUUGACUGGCUGGUACAAUAAGAAAGUGGACUUUCCACAAAAUGUGUUGGAGGGCCUGUGGUAUUACCUUGAUGAUCUGCUUCACAGCAGAAAACUUCACUCUUUCCUCAAGCAGGGAAAAUCCCUGAGCCUGAGACUCAACAUGGCACAGCUGCUGCUUGAUCGUCUUCAAGAUCAUGGACAGUCCGAAGCAGUGGCCUCAGUGGGUCUGUCCACAGUGCUGAGUGUGUGUCAGGGGAUUUUAUCCACUCCUGCUCUCUGUUCAGUCUUCACUACAAAGUACGAGCUGAUGGUUUCUCUACUGUCUAGGCUCAUAUCACUGGCUUGUCAUCAAUUGCAGCAGUUUUCGAGGUUACCAAAGUCUGACCAUGAAUUAGAUAUAGAGGUUCUCCAAAGUCACCAUGCCUGUUCUGCUGACAAAGAGGACUUUGACAUAAGUCAUGAAGAUAAUCUACAAGCACAGUCUAAAUAUAACCCUAAAUCCACAGACAACGUAGCUGUGGAUAAAUUAUUUGAAGUUUUGCUUCAUGCUUUGACAUGUUACUCAUCGGUUCAACGUCAACAAGCUAAUCCUAACAGGGUUUUUACUUUAGUGACCAACCAGCUCUUCCAGCCUAUGAUAUUUCUUAGACACUGGCUGUCCCAAGCUGCUCUGUCUUCUUCCACACUGCUGCCAGUGUCUCAGCAGAUGUGCAGAGAUAUCCGUACCAAGAUUGACACAAUCAUCCAGUUAGCUCUUUUUGCACCUGAGCACAUGUCUCUCUACCAAGAAGAACUGACAAAGGUGGAUUCUGGGAAGAGAGUCUCAGGACCGGCAAAAGGCCCAUUGAGGCCAACUACAGUUUUACUCAGUAAAUUGACUGUUCAGAACUUUUGUGCACCAUCAGUUUACUAUGCUGUAAAGUCCAACAUUGUGUCAGUGCUGUUCAAACUAUUUGUGGAAAGCUAUGGGACAGCAAAAGGAGAAAGGAAUGAAGAGCAAGGGAUGUUGUGUUUCUUUUUUCUUGCUAGUUUGAUUGACACCUUAGAUUUGGGUCUAGAAUCACAUUUGUCUAAAAACACAGACAUUCAGUGUCCAUCUCCUCAGAGCGCCCCCUGCAGGCCUGAAAGCUGGAGCUUGGCUCUACUUGCUGUUGACUCUCUUCUGAACAGUGCUCUUUUAGGUGAUAUCUACAAUGUAGCAGCAGAUAGGAUUCGACAUGGAGAAGUUCAACUGAAGUUUUAUCAAAGCCUGGCAGAAAUGCUUCUGAAACAGGCUCAACCAAGCAUUCCAGCAUGGUAUCGUUGUUUGAAGAAUUUAUUAUGUCUAAAUCAGAUUCUUGAGAAUGGCCUGGAGCAGUUGUUAUCACUGGCUUGGGUCAACAUGGACAGCACAGACUCAAGAGUGCUACGAGCCAAGCAGGUUACUGUUUGCAGUCUUCUUCAGACUUAUACUAAGCUUCGUCAGAUGCCCAAAUUUUUUUCAGAUCUGUUGUCUGUAAUAAGCAAGACAGCCCUGGACCAGCCUAGACCUCCUCUUCUGUCUGAAGAGGUCCUUUCCACACUCAGGACCUGUCUCCUGGACACUCCACCUUCUCAAACAGUUGAGAUCUGCUCAUUAGUGCUGAACAGCAUCAAAAACCAUAUUCCCCCAAAACAAACAACAACAGAUGAUAUGAAUGGGCAAAAUGAAGUGGCAUUUAAUGCAGACUCAUCCCUGAAAAUUAUGUCUCUAAGUCAAAUUCUACAUUCAGUCUUAUUUAGUUUGAAAACACUGGACAAUGGCUCCCCUCUCCCAUUGGUACGGCAAAGUCAAAAACUUAUGGAAAGGAUGUAUGAAGUAAUUAAUGAGUUGCAACAACAUUUAGCAAAGGUGGAAAUGAAAACUAAACCCUCUGUUCAAAAAAUACCUAAAAAAGUAAAAAAGGGGCAGAAAACUGUGGACUCCAAAACAAACAUGCAGUUCAAUCAAAAUACAAUAGAUGCAACUCUGCUCCUUAGAUACACCUGGGUGGAGGUGGACACCCUCUUUAGUAUCCACUGCUGCAAAUAUACAUCUCUAGAACCUGUUCAUCAAGGUACAAGUGCAAAUCAAGGCCAAACAACCUCUACUUCUCCCGUAAUGGAGUGCAUUCAAAGUCUUCUUUCAGGAGAGAUUUUUCCCCUGUCAGCUGUGAUUGCCAGCAGUCCAUUCAGCUCUUUGCUUCUUCGACAUCUUGUAUUACAACAGAUGAAGAGAAUAUUGUCAGUGCCCUCGAUGCUUUCCCAAUUAAGUUCUAUGGCUGUUUUAAAUCAGGCAGCCCACUUUAUUGCUCCUGAGAAUGAGAUUGAGAAGUGUCUGAGUGUAGACCAGAAAUGGGAUGGGCAAUUAUAUACUGUGAAUGCAAGCUCCUACCUGGUUGCAUACUGGUAUCUUGUCACUUCAAAUUUACCUUUGAUCCUGCCCUAUCUUGGUGAUGAAGAUCUUCAUUCUUUUGCCACUGUUCUUGUAGGUUCACAGCUUAUGAGACCUACACAAGACAAGGACACACUGCCCAACUGCCUGACUGUUUCACUGAUAUCAUCUCAGUUACUUAAAAGCCACAUUUUUGCAGAAAUACCUAAUUUAUUUUCCAGCACAGUUCAGUAUCUUUUAGAAGGUGUCUUCAAAGUCCUGAGGACAGCUCAACGAAAUUUUGACAUUUUCCAAAAUUCUUCUCAGAUACAAAAAGAAAUGGUAGUUGAGUUGAUAUUGGCAUCUUUAACAAAUGAUAAAGCAUGUGUGGAGCUUAGCAGUGAGCAGACCAAGGACAUACUGAACAUGCUCCAAAUAGUAAAAGUCUUAAACCCAGAUGGGAUGAGUUCUGAGGAUUUGACUUCUUGUUUCCUCCUCCUCGUCUUCAUGCUCACCUCCACAACCUGCCAAACAAAAGAGGACAACAGGGAUGACCCGAGUUGUCCUCUGUUAAAUGGACUUCUCGAGAUUCUGAUUUGUCUCUUAGAAGGUUCAAACUUUCCAAGUGUUUUGAAGUUCAUUCAUGGUGGCACUUUGUUGCAGGCUGUGGUGUCAAGUGUUUUGUGCCACAGCUUAAUAUCUGCAGAGAAUCCAGGCUGGUUCGAUUUGGUAAAGAAAAUGCAGGCCUUUAUUAAUUGUUUACUCCAAUUAAUAAUUACAAGAAGCAGCAGUGUACGCCUCAACUUGAAUCAGUUUGCCUCUUUCCUUUGCAGUAAGGAAACAACAGACAAGCUAACUGACAGAGCCAAUAUCUCUACUGUAACAGCCCAUGUUUUGCUAGCAUCACUUAGUACUUUCUCUCGUACCUUGACCUCUAAUUUGGGAAAGAGCAAAUCAUUGGACGAACUGCUGACUCAAAUACUCACACAGACCACAACCACUCUUGGGCUUGCUGUCAAGUCACUCCUAAAGCCCCAAGCAGGCCUAAAUGUGUCCAGCAUUAUCAGUGGUUUUGUGGUAGAUGUAGUCACUGUUAUGUUGAAUUGUGAGCUGUCCUUGCACUCAAUAGAGGAGAACAAGCAGACCCACUCCAUUAGUCAUAUGCCUCUCUACCAGGGCUCGAGCCUGCAGGUACUCAAAGAAAUCAACACUGCUCCCAGGCCCCGAGACUUUUUAGUUUCUUCUCUGCAGUUCCUGUCCACUUUUUAUGCUGCUGUCGAAAUGAUGGCAGAAAAGCAAGAAAAUAAUAAGGAAAGCAAAGAUUUGGAUAGCCUCUUUAUGACGAUACUUCACAAUUUACAGAGAUUGUUGACAGGACAUUGGAUGAGCUCAACUGACCUCCAUGACCUAGAGCCUGCUCUGCAAAAGCUCCUGUGCCACCUAGUGGGCAAAUGUUCCUCUGAAAGAUUUAACCUGAUACUCUUGAUGAUCAAAGGAGGACUGGACAUGGGAAAACUUAGAGGUGGAAACUAUAGGGAGGUGCUUUCCACUGUAAUCCUCAUUAAGCUGCUGUUUUGUUGUCCAUUACCGGAGGCUUGCUUUAAUGCGCUGUGGCUCAUUGCAUCCCAGAUUAUAUCAACAAUGUUGUUCUUGGUAAAAUCCUCCAGCCAGGACAUAUCCCUGAACCUUCCUUUCACUGUUCCUGUGGUAGCCACAGUCACUACUUUGCUGCGGCAGGGAGAGGGGGUCAUCGCCAACCCUCAUCAUGUGACUACGGUCCUGGGAGCACUUCAGUGUGUUCUUGACCGCUUGGCUCCAGCUGUGUAUGAGGUGACCUUUACGGCACUUCACGAGACGUUGUUUGCCAUCAUCAAGUGUCAUCCACAGGUGAUGCUCAAAGCAGCUCCAUCAUUUUUGAAUGUCUUCUACCGCCUGGUGGCUUCAAUCAUGCAGGAGGGAAAACAACGGAAAGACAGCGACGCAGACAGUGCUGUUUAUCUGCGGUGCUCCAUGCUGGUGGAGAGGAUGUACUCACACAUCGCUGCCACAUCUGAGCAUUUCACCACUCUGUCUGCCUUCAUAGUGGCUCAGUAUGUCACAGAGCUGCAGAAGGUUACUCUGCGACCAGACGUUAAACUGCACCUGACCGAGGGCAUCUAUAUGAUACUGGACCUAUGUUUGGAGCAGGAUAUCAAGUUUCUGAUGGCUGGGCUGCAAACAGGAGUGCGAGAGGUGUUCAAUGAGCUGUACAGCAGCUACAAUCAUUAUCACAAAACUCAGAGGCAAGGAGAGGAGAAAUAUACUGUGUGAACUGUGAUGCGUGAUACGAAUGUAACUUUUGUUUGGGGAAAAAAAUCACUGCAAUCUGUUCUAGACAGAAGACACUCUUGUAAUAUUACAGAAUAUUUGCUAGAUGCAUAUAUGGAUUUACAAACUUGUAUUAACUUUUGUUAUACCCAAAUGGUGUAAAAUGUUGUAAUACAUGUCAUAAUAUAGUACUAAGGUGCUGUUAAUCAGAUCUUAAAAAUCCAAUUGUGAUUUAGUUUAUAAAAAAUAUUUGAAGUCAAGACUUUUCUUUAAAUUGAAGUCACGUAUUUUCUUAAUUUGCUCAUUUGUUGGCCUUCCCACCAUCUCUCUCCUUCAAUUUCACUUCAUCCAUUCUGCUCUGGUCUAACAUUACUGUAGUAGGUAACAUAAAUACAUCCAAACCAGUGCAGAAGGGAAUAAAUGUGAGUCUGUUCAUGUUAAUACCGCUGGGACAUUCUUUCAGCAGCCAAAUAAAAUGUGUAUUUAUAGAAUCUACAUAUGAGCUAUGUAAAUCUUAGAGCCCUGUUUAAGCAAAGCAAAGAGGAGCUUAGAGUUUAGUCUUCCACAAAUAAAUGUAGGUGGCUACAUUUGCUGAGAUUGUAUUGUAUUCUAGUUAUGAGAUGCUUUUAUAAGUGAUAAAGGUCUAAAUGAUA